UCAGCUAAUGUUAAUUGAGUAAGGGUAAGGUAUUUGCUGCUAACAAGGGAAUUUUGUCCCCGUGGUGACUUUCAACUUUUAACAGUAGCGACGCUGUAGUUUCAGGCCCAGCGCCUUUUUAACACAAACUUGUGAAAAAGUUGCAAAUGCGCUGCGGCUUCUGCGUGAUGUAUCAACUACACUGACAACCGACCGUCUACAACAGACACUACUUUUCAUUUCAAGGGGAGUGGAGAUUAAGGUUUUUAUAUUGGUUCUACUGUGUUCAACAUCCAGACUGCUGAGUCUAUGGCUCUGAUGGACAAACACAAACAGGUCAAGCGCCAGAGGCUAGACCGCAUUUGUGAGGGCAUCCGACCCCCCAUCCUGAACGGGCCUAUGCACCCACGGCCGCUUGUAGCGCUGUUAGACGGGCGCGACUGCACUGUUGAAAUGCCCAUCCUCAAAGAUGUUGCUACUGUGGCCUUCUGUGACGCACAGUCAACACAAGAAAUUCACGAGAAGGUGCUGAAUGAGGCUGUGGCCGCCCUGCUUUAUCACACCAUCACUCUCUCCAGAGAUGACUUGGAGAAGUUUAAAGGUCUCCGAGUAAUAGUUAGAAUUGGGUCUGGGUUUGACAAUGUUGAUGUCAAAGCAGCUGCUGAGCUUGGUAUUGCCGUUUGUAACGUUCCAGCAUCCUCAGUGGAGGAGACAGCCGACACUUCGCUAUGUUUGAUCCUUAACCUAUACAGACGAGUCACCUGGAUGCACCAGGCUCUCCGGGAGGGAACCCGAGCCUCCAGUGUGGAACAGAUCCGAGAAGUGGCCGGUGGUGCUGCUCGAAUUCGAGGAGAGACACUUGGCAUCAUUGGGCUUGGUCGCGUUGGCCAAGCAGUGGCACUGCGGGCCAAGGCCUUUGGGUUUGGCGUCAUCUUUUAUGACCCCUAUUUGCCUGAUGGCGUGGAGCGCUCCCUGGGCCUUCAGCGCAUGGCUACCCUCCAAGACCUGCUCAUUCACUCAGACUGCGUAUCCCUGCACUGCAGCCUCAACGAGCAUAACCACCAUCUUAUCAAUGACUUCACUAUCAAACAGAUGCGUCAGGGAGCCUUCUUGGUGAAUACAUCAAGAGGCGGCCUAGUUGAUGAGAAAGCACUGGCUCAGGCCUUGAAAGAGGGUCGGAUACGAGGGGCUGCUUUGGACGUCCAUGAAAGUGAACCUUUCAGUUUUUCAACUGGACCCCUUAAAGAUGCCCCCAACCUGAUCUGUACUCCACACACAUCUUGGUACAGUGAGCAGGCCUCGGUGGAGGCUCGGGAGGAGGCGGCUAGGGAAGUGCGCCGUGCAAUUACUGGGCGUAUCCCGGACAGCCUGAAGAAUUGUGUGAAUAAAGAAUAUCUGAUGGCAGCGUCUCAGUGGCCCAGCAUGGAGGCUGCCACUGUUCAUCCUGAACUUAAUGGAGCAACCUACAGAUUUCCCCCAGGUCUGAUCAAUGUAGCCACAGCGGGCGGCCUCCCAGGAGCCGGCGCCGGGGUGGAAAGCCUGGUUUCGGCAAACCUGGCUCACGGCAUUGCGCCCGUCUCGCACCCGCCGCACGCCCCAUCCCCGGGGCAGCCGACUAAGGCAGAAGCAGACAGAGACAUCCCCUCCGACCAAUAACCCCCUCCCUCGGCCCCUACACUGACCCGACCCCUCCCAUCGAUUCCCCCCCGCUGCCGCCAGCACAUUCCGUCACCUCCGGAAAACCAGGCUCCAGACUCAUGGUCCUCCCAGCAUCAGACACAUUUCGACUCCCCGAUUACCACGAUGACCUGAUGUGACGCCACGUGGUCUCAUGUGACCGCACCUCCUUCCUCCUUUUAUCCAUCCUCAUUUCACCAAGCCCACUCACUCCCUCCCCCCUAAUGUCAGCAAUAACUUUGUUCUCAAGGAUUCAGUGAUCGGAUUGCUAUUUUCCCGUGGUUGGCUGUCGUUUCAAUGGAAAGUCAAUCUGUUGUGACUUUCGCUGUUAAUGAUUUUAAAGGAAAAAAAAACAUUUCUGACAUCAAGGCUCUCCAAUUAGCUGCAUCUUCUACUGACUGACUAGUAGAGGUUCUCAAGCAGAAAGUGCCCCUUGGUCCAUGAAAGUCUUCUGUUACUUCCUGUUUUUUCUUUCUCCCAGAUUCCCAUUUGCCAUUCUACUUGUGACAAUAAUGAAUUAUGUGUACUUUUAGAUAAAGCGGACUUAAUCAUAAAAACUCACCUUCUGCAAAGUUUGGAAUUGCUGCAUUCAAUAAUGCCCUUGAUUUUCACUUUCUUCUUAGUUGGAAAAAUUCAUGUCUACCAUGAUCCACCCAGGGCCAUGAACUUCUGUCUCAUGCCCAAAAAAAGCUGUGGCGCUAUUACUUCAUCACGCGGGGUCUCGCCAGCAGAGGGCGCCGCCCAACCACUCAUUUCUGUCAUUUAUAAAAGACCCCAGUUUAGCUUGAGCGAAGCAAUGACCCCAGACUCACCAAACCGGGCCGUACUCUCCCAUUCCCCCAUACAUGCUCAUAAACCCAGUACGCAUCCUUCCUUUAAAUGUUCGGGGACAAUUGAGUUGUAUUCCUCAUUUGGAGCGAGGGGGACAUUAUCCUUGCAUGCUUGCUUUGUUAACGACAGUUGUGUGUACAAGAAAGUGUGCGUGCGUGUGCGUAUGUCUCCCCGCGCCGUUUUCUUUCCAAAGGAAUAGUCCCUAUGAGUAACUCUUUAACGCUGUCGCUCUGGUGUCAAGGAAACACCUUUCUAGUACCUCAGUAACAGAUAUUGAAUGUACCGUGCAUACCCUUUUAUUUUUUGUACAGAUUUUCUAGAUUCUUCUUACUGUUCUUUACCAGAAGGGUUGUGAUAUUGUAGCAGUAACGGUCAGACUAACUAAAAAUCCCCCAUCACAAAAUAAAUUGACACAUAGGAACUCUCUCGCUAGGUUACUGAAUACUCAGGCUUCGAAAACCAAUGCUCGUCUCUUUUUGCCGCUUUGUCCUCCAUCUUACUGGCUAAUGAUUCAAUGAGGAACAAAGAAAGGUGGUUCUUGUGCUCUGCUAGCUUUUCUUUCACUAGAGCAUUAGAAAUAGAUGCUUCGUUGUAGUCCUUUUUUGCGUCUUUUUGGUCAUUGCCCUGCUGCUCUGUUUGUUGUGCAUGUGUGAUGAUUUGUUUUAAGCAGAUAAAAAGAAAUACUUGCAAAUUAGUGGCUGCUUCUCCCUCUGCUGAGUGUUUUUUGCCCAACUUAUGUCGUGGUCAGUUUCCAGUAAUGUGCCAUUUGGCCCACCCUUCCCGUGGAAUCAGUGACUUGGAACAUGUGUUGCUUGGCUCCUCUGUCAUGUGAUGAGUAUAUAUUUUUAAGAAGAAUACCCCACCUACCCCCAUCUUCCCUAUAGGUCCGAUAAUGAGUAAUCUUAAAUUUUGCUGUUGAUGAUGAUAUAUUUUUUUCAUUUCAGCCAUGCACUGUCAAGUAUACCAGUUAGUUUUAAUGUAGAUAACGAUUUUUUGAUGCAUAAUUGUUGUCUGUGUUCUACAUGUUGUACUGAAAAUUAUACUGACCCCACCCCCCGACUCCGCUUCCCAACCUCCCACUCCCCCAGGCCUUACUAUAUCCUUUUUCACUGUAGCUGUUUGAGAAAGUCGCCAUGGAACCACACACUGCCUUAAAUACAGUUGACCACAAAAAAGUGACCAGUAGAAAUGAGCAAGCCAAAAAAAAAAAUUAACAGCAACAACAAUAAAAUGCUCCCUUAGUCCUAGAUGAUGAAAUUCCACAAAGGUGAAUUAGGGUCACACGAAAAGAGAACGAAAAUUGUUUCAAUGACGAGGAAAAGGUUGUAAAGGCAUUAUUUGUGGGGAUGAUUUGCACAUAUAAUAUUCGGGUUUUUGGUUUUUCCUGUCUUUUUUUGGUGAGCUUUGACCAAUUCUCACCGUAUCAACUUAGGGGCCGUUUACAUGGCGACGCUCCAAGAAUAUAGCAAAUUUGUAGCCUGGAACUCCAGACGCACCGCUGUUCCCAGCUAUAGUCUGGGACCCAGCUCCUUAUCGGCCUCUCGAGCCCGAACGAAAUCAUCCGUGCAAUAAGGUUCGUCGUCUCCACAACAACACAGAUGGCGAACGGGAGAGCCGAGAAUAUGUUCCUAUCCGUGGUAAAUUCAGUUUUAAAUGACCAAAAACACAGUCACUAAAACCAAGUCUGUCUCGCGCUAGCCAUGUUGAAUAAACUUCUCCGCUCUCCUCAUAUGUUUACGUCCUCGCGCUCAUUCUUGUUGCUUUACCAACGUCACGUCUGCCGGUCGCUGAUUGGUCCACGCCGCUGUCUGUUUGCUGUGGCUUGCUCCGCCCUGGGAAUUUGAUCCGCGGAACAGUCGCCAGACUCUAUAGCUGGAUCAGUGGUGAGUUUGGAGUUCCAGGCUAGCAAAUUUCAUGUUUGCAUUUACAUCUACAUGGUCCCGUCUAGGUUCUGUCUCCAUUCGAACGAUGUCGCAAUUCUGUAUGAAAGCAAUGUUGCACUUUUACAAAGUGACAGUCAAUGAUGCACUUACUUGACAACAACCUCAUCAACCCGGAAGACAACAUACCCGCCCACUCCAAGCAAUGGCGUCCACGUGUUUUUUUUUCUUUUGCUUCAAAAGGCACAAAAACACGAACAUAAAAUAUAUUUGAAUUUAAAAUAUUAUUAAAAAUGGUAAAUUAAAGCUGAUGUUCCACCAUGUUUGCUGUUUUGAAGGUUUAGUAGCAGCGACUGCGCAUGCCCAAAAUGACGUGUGCGAGUGCUUAUGUCAUCAGAGCCAGAGUGUUCCAUUCAUAUGGUUAUGGAGCAAUUCCCGCAAUCGAAUCGUUCCGCUUUGGAGGCAGGAAUCAAAUGUUUGGGUCUUCGUCGUGUAAAGGCGAGGCUAUUCCGCAGCACAAUCAUUGUGUGUAGAUGUCGCAGCGUCACCAUGUAAACGGCCCAUACUUAACGUUCCAAAAUCUCACCCUUUAUACUUAAGGUUGCGGGGGGGGAAAAGCCCCAUUUAAAGAAUUCCUAUAUAUAUAUAUAUAUAUAUAUAUAUAUAUAUGUACAUACACACAUAGGAAAUCAAGGUGCCCAAAAGUUGAAUAGUUUUUGCUAAAAAUGUUCAGUUCCACCAAAAUACGGUCAAAAACAUUUAUUUCCAAUGGGGGGAAAAUGAACUGAUAUCAAUAGAAAGUGCCCCAAAGGCACUAAAAUGGCCUAAAAUCAUUGGAACCCCCACCCCCAAGUAAAAUUGCUAAACCACAAAAAAAAGUUUGAAAUCAAAGGAAAAACAGUGUUAUAGAUAAGCCAAAAUCCAGAAAAACUGCAAAAAAACAAAACAAAAAUGGAUAAACUAAAUUGAAAAUUUUUGGAAAGCACAGUUUUAGGCCUUAUAGGGCACCCAUUGUCUGACAUUGACGUCACUGGAUGUCCAAUCCAUUUGGACUGGCAGGGACGAGUGAACAAAAGCAUGCCCACGCAAUUUCUCCAGAAAUGUCAUCUAGGGUGCAAGUUGCAAUUUAAUAAAAAUGCUGUCAUAUUUGUCAAAACUCAUAAAAACCUAGUAGAGAAUUUCUGAUCUUGUCUUUUAACAGGUUAUUGUUGAAAACUCGACAAGAACUUAAGCAGAAGUAUAAAAAGUCAAAGUGAUGCCUUUUCCCAAUUAUCAAAAAUACAAUGAAAAGAGAUUUCAGUUUCGGGAAAAGAUUUAAAAAUUGACGCUGACUGUGCCGGACUUUCAACAAUUUUCACAUUGAGUCAUGUUUGCCUGGAACAGACUUUUCCUCAAGUUAGUAUUCCUGUAAUCUUUAAAAUUUGUCACCAUCCUUUUUUCCUCUCCUCACCUGUGACUCUAAUACUCCUUUGGCGAAUUCUAUAUCACCUUAACAGCAUUAAUUAAUUUUUUUUUUUUUUUUUUUUUAUUUUGGCAUCAAAGAUAUAAAACUAAAUCCCCCACCUCUCAAGUCAUGCCAGCAGUGUGUUUGUACUCUGGCUAACAUAAGCACAGUGUGUGUAUGUCUGCGUGUUUGUGGUCACAAAGCUCCAGCUGAUAUUUCACUCUUGGGUGUUAAAAUGCAGCCACCACCACCCAACUGUUUCUGCUACUACUCGGGGCUUACGGAGGGUAUUUUACUCUGCUGCCAGAGCCCCCAAAAGGGCUGGAGUGCUUUGGGGCAUAGCAGACACUUGUGUUAUUCACCCCCCCCCCCCCCCCCACACACACACACACAAAAAAAACAACAACAAAUUGGUCACUUUUUCUCUCUCAGGGUUAAAAUGCACACAUAUCCUUUAGCAAUUGUCCUCCCUCCGAAUGUAGAACCUCCUUGUGUGUUUUUAGAAGCCACUAACCUCUUCUCAAGUUCCCUACCUCCCUUGUCCUACUCUUGUUUUCCUUUUGGCACUGACAUCUAACCAUCUAACAAGGAGUGAACGACUGCUUAAAAGUGACCGUGUGCAUGUGUUUGUGUGAUGUUAAGAUUGGGAAAUGUAUUUUUACAACAUGUAAACUUUUUUUUUUUUUUUGCUCCUCUAU